AUGGUUCUGGCUGGUGGCAAGGGAGAUUUGCGGGGGGGUUCGGUGUUGGCGAUAGAGGCUGAGGCCAUUCGGGAGGCAUUGCUGGUCUGUGUACAAGGAGGAUUCUCUAAACUUGAGGUUGAAUCUGACUCCUUACAAAUUAUCCGAAUGCUUUGUGGAAAGUGGAAAGUUGAUUUUGCUGUUGAAUCCAUUAUUUUUUACAUAAAGCGCCUGGUGGCGCAAUGUCAACAUUGUAUCUUUCUGUUUACUCCUCGCCUUUGUAACAAGGCAGCGCAUAAAAUUGCGGCCUUUGUGCUCAGAGUUGGCGGCAUCCAUACUUAG